CGGAGCAGAUGCACAACCACCAGGCGGGAGCAGCUCUGUUCAGCUACUAUGGAGCUCCGACUGGAGACAUGUACAAGUUUGUGUAACAGAAAUCUUGGAGCGCAUUUAUGAAAACACAGUUUGUUUAUUGAAGGAAAAACCGAGGAAGCAAAGAAGAGAGGAACAACUGAAGCAUCUUUUUUUAUGAGGAUGAAACCGAUGUUAGUCUUCGAGUGAUUCAGUCUACAGUAACACCAAGAAAAUGUAUCAUGAGAAGGCAGCGCUGACAACAAAUGCGAGAAGCACCUGAGCUCAUACUGCCUCCCUGUCCAGCAACAGUACUUUAAUGGUUGGAACUGCCCGCCCCAACCUACAUUACUGCCCUCGCAGACACAGCCUGAUGAUCACCGGUGCCAUGGGAGCGGUGCGAGUCAAUAGAUACAGCAUCGUUUCCACAGACGAAGAUGCCCUGAAGAUCUCCAGCUUAGGCCUCCACAACGGCCACAGUUCUCUGACUCAGCAGGCGCUGUCGGGGGCCUGCAUGCGGGCUGAAGAAGGAGGAGGAGGAGAGUGUCCAGGACGUGAUGAGGCAAGAGGGGCUUUGUCUUUGAGAGUAACAAAUGAGCCCAUCAUCCACAAAAGCUGCCGCGCUUCACCUUCAUGUCGUCUGGGCCUGGAUCUGGGCACCGGCCACCUGCGCAGCCGCUUUGUGAGAAAGAACGGCCAGUGCAACGUGGUGUUCAACAACAUGGAAGAUAAGCCACGGCGCUACCUGGCUGACAUUUUCACCACCUGCGUGGACAUACGCUGGCGCUAUCUGCUGCUCAUUUUCACCACCACCUUCCUUCUGUCUUGGCUGCUGUUUGGCGUGAUCUUCUGGGGGGUGGCGCUCAUUCACGGAGACUUUAGCUUUCGCAUACCCGUGAAGGAAGGGGAUCCUCGAAACAACGUAGGGGACGGAAAAGACGAAUGGCGGCCAUGUAUUCUCCACAUCCAGGGUUUCAUCGGGGCCUUCCUUUUCUCCAUAGAGACCCAGACCACCAUUGGAUACGGCUUCCGGUGUGUUACCGAAGAGUGCCCAGCCGCUGUGAUGACUGUGGUGGUCCAGUCCAUCGUGGGCUGCAUUAUUGACUCCUUCAUGAUCGGCACCAUCAUGGCAAAGAUGGUGCGCCCCAAGAAGCGGGCGCAGACCUUGCUGUUCUCGCAUAAUGCCGUCAUCGCUCUGCGAGAUGGCAAGCUGUGCCUCAUGUGGCGCAUGGGCAACAUGCGCAAGAGCCACAUUGUUGAAGCACAUGUUCGCGCUCAGCUCAUUAAGCCGCACGUGACGGCGGAGGGCGAGUACCUCCCUUUGGAGCAAACAGACAUUGAUGUCGGCUAUGACGACGGGCUGGACCGGCUGUUUCUGGUGUCGCCGCUGGUGGUGGUCCACGAGAUCAACAAGAACAGUCCUCUGUAUAACCUGACCCGCAACGACCUGCUCAAGGAAGACUUUGAGAUCGUGGUCAUCCUGGAGGGGAUGGUGGAGGCCACAGCUAUGACCACUCAGGCCCGCAGCUCCUACUUGUCCAAGGAGAUCCUGUGGGGUCACCGCUUUGAGCCGGUGGUCUUUGAGAAGGGUGACCGUUACCAGGUGGACUACUCCCGCUUCCAUAAGUCCUACGAAGUGCCAUCUACGCCUCACUGCAGUGCCAGGGAACUAAACCAGAUGAUGGGUCGUAGCGGGCAGUCCUCAUCCUCCAGCUCGAGUUACUCCCGGUCUCCAUCGCCAUUUGCCCAGAGGGCAGCCCGCCACAUCCUGGGCCCUCACUCCCCCAGCGCUUUCUGCUACGAGAACGAGGUGGCCUUGUGCUGCGGGGACGACGAGGAGGAUGUGAAAGAGGAGGUGGGGAGUCUGAACGUAAGAAGUGACAGAGAGGUAAAGAUAAGGGAUGACAUUCACUUGGGAUUCAAAGAGACAUUUGUGGAGGAGCAGAAGGUGGAGAUGCUGUGCGUUCUGGACUCAGAGAAUCAGAUCAGCCUUGACAGACUACAGCCCACCCUACCUUUAUACAUCAGCAGAGAGUCAGGAGUUUAAUCAAUGGUAAUGGCGGCCCAUCCAUUUGUUUCCUCUCUUUGUCUGUGUGCAUCCAACCAAAGUAUUGAACUAGUUUGAACAUAAAAGAUUUUUUACAGCUGUCACAAAAUCCACUCGGCUUUCGAUCAUAACUUGCUCUGUUUCCAGGUAUUACACUUUCAGUUGUAACAUCAGCAUCUAAACAACGCACAGCUCAUCUUCUUUUGAACAUGGCGACCGGGUAUUUCUCUCAAAUCAUGAGGUAUCUUGUAAACUGUAUUGCUUUCUUGUUUUAGUCAAUAUGAUCUACAGUUAAGUCAAGUUUUUUUGUUCUUGAUUUCCAUUGAGUAUUUGUAAAUAUGAUAUGAUUUUGUUUUAAUUUUGAAAUGAUUAUGCAUCAUAUACAUAAAUGCUAUGAGAGAAAAAUCCAUUUAUUUGAAAGGAGGCAUGACACAAAUGCCAAACUUCAACAGACUUAUUUUCUCUGUGUAAAAAAUAAAAUAUUUCAGUAUUUUGAACUUCUGUCUUUCUGCUUGAGUUCUGUUACUUUUCACAUUAGAUAAAUAAGCCUUUUAUUCCAUUGUUCUAAUCACUUGAAACGGGCCAUGAAAAGUUAGUCCAACAUGUACAGUUGAAGAACAAGCACUUUAUUCUUACUUUCAUCAAUAGAUACAAACACUUUGCAACAGCGUUAUGGUUUGUAUGAACAAAGCACCCAAUAAACAACAGUCUACACUGUUAAUGCUUGAAUUGUCUCUGUUGAGUCUCUAUUGCACAUCCCCUCAAUGUUUCAACAGUCCAGCCAUGAUGAUUACCACCUGUUUCUGGAUAGACGAGA